CGAAAAGACGUCCUUUUACGACUAAAAGAUCCCGACGGCGAACUACUAUCAGAAAUCAAAGUGCCGUGGCCAGAUGGGGAGCCCGAUCCGUGCGAGAUCAAAUACCUUGAUUCGGAAGAGUGUGUGAGGUUGACGAACAACGCCACUUUUGCUACAGUCCCGUUACGUAUCUCUAGACUUCGUGAGGUAAUUGCUAACCGACGGCAAACAAGUACUCCGAAACGAUUUUCAAGCUUUUCAAAUCCACCAUGCCCAGUGGAAGAUACUAGUCAGAAGAAGCUUCACGAUGCUUUGAAGAACUUUGUGAAGGAACCCUUGGCAGACGGGACGUGGAAGCAUGCGUUUAAAUGCCUAUCGGCAAAGGGUGCGGAUGCGGAUGGUUUCUUAACGAGAGAUGAACAGGCAGUCAUUCUACACUUCUUACCAUCUCAGUCAUUCAGUUCAAAAGAACUGAGGACUAAUAUGCGGGUACAAGUGAUCAGAAGAGAAGCGAUUAUGAUUUUUUUCAUUUGUUUGGCGUCUUUCUAUGAAUUGUGUUUGAAAUUGGAUCAAAUCGGCCUGGUUCGCUCAGCCAUUGAGUCCAGUGAUGCGCUGUCUGAACAAUGUCUUGCAGUGUUGUUAAAUUUCGUAGCCAGUGAGUCGUCCGAGGAUGGCGUGAAAGAUGAUGAUGAUCACCUGCUGGCAUGCCUUCUGACUCGUCAUUUCGACCCACGUCGAAUGGCAGAUGCUGCUGCCCGGAUGAUAACCACUCAAAAUGCGUCGAUACUCAUGCAAAAGUGUAUGAAGCUGUACGUUUCACCCAAACGGGGUGAUAUUGCUGAGGAGGCGCUAUCACUGAUGACUGUAUUGACUGACGUAUUCGGUAAUCGACUAGUUUGGGAAAACGAUUUACAUCAUGUAGCGGAAGAAGCGUUGGAAUUUUCUGAAAGAAUGCCUACGCGAGACUCACUGGAGACUCCUCCCGGAAAAAAUCAGUAUCGAUUUACGGUUUUCGGGCCG